AUGAUGCAAAACUUUCCGAUAAGCUUUGAGCAUAAUAUGAAUUAUGAAUUCGAUGCAGCCGGACUUCAUAAUUGUGGCCAACAGCCAUCCCAACGACAUCAAUUUCAUGCCUACCCGAUGUUAAAUAACGCAGUAACUUAUCACAAUCCCGGGCAACAGCAGUGUCAAUUUCCGCCGAAUGUGCAGUUAUUGCAGCUGAUGCGUUGUACUGCCGCACACACUAUACAACAGCCGGGGCAAUUGACGCCUAUUUCGCAUCUUGCGUUAGACGCGAACGGAAUUUAUUACCCAACGGGGCAACAGGAACGUCAACUUCUGACUAAUUUCGAUCUCCCUGUCAACCAUCGUUAUCUAGUGCAAGCGGAAGAAAAUGUUCAAACAUAUCGAACUGAAAGCCUCAACACGUUCCAUCAAAUUCCAAUCAUGUCGCAUAAUAUUGUUACUAACCAAAUCUCCGGUCACCAACAUCAAUCGACGGAAACUUCCAUUUUAGACUGUAAUGCGAGUUAUCAUCAUAUUGAGCAACAGCAAUAUUCGCCCGAUUUCGAUCCAAGUAUCUCCCAUUCGUAUUUACAAGAGAUUCUUCUCAGGCUAGACUCUUCGGCGGGCCGUACUAAUAUUGAUAACCAUUGUGAGAAACAACAACAACAACUUUCUACGCCCUGUGACGUAUCGCUAGUUUUAUCUAAUAGCGAAGCUAGCCAACAAUUAGAUAAACCCAAGAUCAGUGUAGUCGCGGAACUAGGUGGUAGCCCGAGUCUACCUGAUUGUAUUGCAUUACCAGAUGGUCGCUUUAGGUGUAUCCCCUGCCAUAAAGAGUUCAGCGGGAUUGCGUAUAUAAAGCAACAUCACGUAGCCCGACAUUCCGGGCUUCGGCCACACCGUUGCAAUCAAUGCGGUAAACACUUUAAGACCGAAGAUGAGUUAUACGGUCAUGCAAUACGUCACAACGUAGGGUCGAAACCAUACGGCUGUCAAUUUUGUUCCAAACAAUAUUGGUAUAAAUAUGAUUUGAAAAAGCAUGUAGAGAGCAAUCAUACAGAGAAGCCUCAUGGUUGUGAUAACUGUUCGAAAAGAUUUUGCCGUAAGGAUUACCUUAAGAGGCAUUUGCGAACGCAUGAUGCAAUGUAUUUGGCAAUAAAACGCAAUCGAAGAGUUAAGCGAAUUGCAAGCAAGGUCUCCAAUUCGUCCUCGACGUCAUUAUGUGAAACGGAACAAAGAUGCAAUAAUCAAUUACCGUUGAAUGUCCAUUUUAAUAAUCCUCAGGCUUCUGAGUGA